AUGGGGUGCUGCCCAGGGGACUGCUUCAACUGCUGCGGCCAGGAUCAGAACUGUUGUGAAGAGUGUUGCUGCCAGCCGGCCUGCUGCGGCUGCUGUGGGUCCUGCUGCUCGUCUUGCUGCGGCUGCGGAGGCUCGGGCUGCGGGGGCUCGGGCUGCGGAGGCUCCGGCUGCGGGGGCUCCGGCUGUGGGGGCGGCUGCUGCGGCUCCUCUUGCUGCGGAUCUGGCUGUGGCUCCGGCUGCUGCGGCUCCGGGUGCUGCGGCUCUGGGUGCUGUGGUUCCGGUGGGUGCUGCGGCCCUGUGUGCUGCCAGCCCACGCCUGUGUGCGACACGAAGUGA